AUGACAGAAGAUGAAGAGUUGAUGGCUAAGAUCAGCCAGCUUGCUGGCCAGAUCAACAGGCACAAAAACCAAACCCCUCAGGCACAUGCACAUCCUGAUAGCGAGCUUCAUGCUGCUCCGUUUGUGUCACGACACACUCGCGCGCGUGCGGGAUGGGUGCCGUAUCGCGGACGACCAUAUGGACGCGGACGUCCUGCAGCUCCCCAUCGCCACCGUACUCUCGUCAUCAAUAACGCGAACUCAGGGAACUCUGCCAGUUCAACACCCGGGCCAACGAACGAGAAUGUUGGCGAAUCGCGAUCGGCGACGCCGAACGGCUGGGUUGCGAAACGCGACCGUCAUAUGCAGCUGAUCAACUCGGCUAUUUACGAUAAGGAAGCACAGGCCAGAGCGAAGGCGAUGGAGCAAACGCGCAAGGCCAAAGCCGAGAAAAAGGCACGGAUCGAGCAGGCCAAAGUUCUCCGUUACGCGCAGGGUUUUGGCAGACCUCACCCUGCUACUUCUCUCGCUCCUCAGGUUUCUGCCACCACCCAACCCCAGGGUGAAUAUCAGGUCUAUCUGAAUGAUAUUCCUUUCAAAAUCGCAAAAGGCGGCAGUAAACUAGUUCGCGUAUCCGGUGGGAAUUCCUUCUGUGCUGCCGUGGCCACAAGAACUGGCUUACCUUUAGUAGAUGACCCGAAUACUGCCAACAACACACCAAAGAAAGUAACAGUUGCUGAUUACGCUGCCACCGGCGUCUGCAACAAGAAACGCUGUCAUCUGCCCCAUGUUGACCGAGCCGGGCAAAUUCGAAAGAAUUUUGCUAGUAAAGCAGAUCCCAUGGACGAGGAAGAGUCUGACGAGUCAAGCGAGGAAGAAGAGUGCGACGCAAUCGACUCGGAUGACGUUGACUCUGACGACCUCGAGGAUGAGCCUGAAUACGUUGAAGGAGCUGACAAUGACGAGCAUGAGCUCUUCCAGCAACAUGACUUCAUCCGCUUCUAA